AUGUGCCAUAGGAGCACCACCGCUGCAUGCUAUGUUACAUUCUUAGCUGGGGAUGGUGAUUAUGUGAAAUUGGUGGUGGGGUUAGCUAAGGGUUUGAGGAAGGUGAAUACUGCGUACCCACUUGUGGUGGCAGUUUUGCAUGAUGUGCUAGAGAAGCACCACCGCCGCAUGCUGGUGGAGGAGCAAGGUUGUUUGUUUGCAGAAUACAAGAAAAUGAUAUACCUGGAUGCAAAUGUGCAAGUUUUUAGCAACAUUGAUCACCUAUUUGAGUUAAAAGAUAGCAGUUUUUAUGCUGUAGUGGACUUCUUAUGUGAGAUGCAUGGCAAAUAG